GCCUGCACGGGUGGAGCGGCGGCGGCGGCGGCGGCUGGAUCCUCGGCGGGCGGGAUGACGCUGAGCUCCCGGCCCGGCCCGAGCGGCGCUGGCGGCUAUAAACAUCUGAUAAAAGAAGAUGAUAGAAAGAUGGUUAUAUGUAUUGAGGGGAACAUUGCAAGCGGGAAAACAACAUGCCUGGAUUAUUUUGCACAAACUACCAGCAUUGAGGUUUUGACAGAACCAGUAGCUAAGUGGAGGAAUGUUCGUGGUCAUAAUAUCCUGGGUUUAAUGUACCAAGAUGCAUCAAGAUGGGGGAUAACACUGCAGACUUACAUACAGCUCACGAUGUUGGAGCAGCAUACCAGACCAAUGAUUUCCCCUGUAAGAAUGAUGGAGCGAUCAAUUCACAGUGCAAAAUACAUUUUUGUGGAAAAUCUGUAUCGAAGUGGAAAAAUGCCAGAGGUGGAUUAUGUUGUCCUAACUGAGUGGUUUGACUGGAUCCAGAACAACACUGAUGUUUCGGUUGACUUGAUAGUUUAUCUGCAGACUUCUCCUGAGGUUUGUUACGAGAGGUUAAAGAGAAGAUGCAGGGAAGAGGAAAAGAUCAUUCCUCUGGAAUACUUAGAGGCUAUUCAUCAGCUUUAUGAAGACUGGCUCAUUAAACAUACACUGUUUAAAGUUCCCUGCCCAGUGCUUGUUAUUGGAGCUGACCAUGACAUGCAGAAAAUGAUAGAAAAGUAUGAAGAAAACCGGGACCAAAUACUAAACCCAUAUAAUAUGCAACACCAUUUAUAGAACUCUUCAGUUGUAUUUUUAAAACCUUGUCUAUAAAGUCUGGUUUAGGGGCAAUUUUGAGUAUUUUUAGUAUUUCUAAAUGUAAUGUUUUUGCUUCUGAAUUACUGUUUGUAGAACAUUGUAAACUUCUAUGAAACAUUCAGAUACAAGUCUUAAACAAAGUAUAAGCCAAAUCUCUUUCAUGUUUUUAGUUUCUCCCUCAGCAUUACUAUGUCAAUUGUGUUCAGCUAAAGUAUGACUAUUUCUCCCAUUUCCCACUUUUCUGCUGCUCCCUGUAAGUAACCUAAGGUGGUUUUUUUUCCAAAGAUGGCCCUGUUUUUGUAAUUUGAAAGAAAUAGUUCCAUACAAGAAGUGAGGAUGUCUUUUUUUAAAUUAUUAUUAUAGGAAGCAAACGAAGUGCAUUGAGUUGAAUUAGCUUUGUUAAACAGGUCAAGAGGUCAAAACAGGGGGACUUAACUUUAAUCCUACUUACACUAAUGCAAUUUCGUUGAAUUCAGUUUCUUCUGUUUAAAAUCACAAUAUAGCUGUAGUUCUAAAGAUAACUAUGCACAAGUAUAAACCCACUGAAUUCAGUGGCAAAAAUCCCAUUUUUCAUAAGUGGCUGUAGAAUGGAUUUUAGGCUUUUUUUUUUUUUUUCCAAGAUAGGUUUUUAUAAAGGCUUAUUUCUCUGCAGUGUUCAUGAAAUCACUGGCCCUGUGAUGGCCAAGCUAGAACUAGUGAAAAUAGAGGGUGCACAGAACUGUAUUUGUUUCUUUCAAAUGCUUAUAAAAAAGUGCUUGAAUAACUGACUUAUUGAAUAUUUUGGAUUCUUUGUACUUUGUUUUAGAAAGGCAAAUACAGGUGUUUACUUGGGUUUAUCUCUUGAUCAGUUUACUGUGACAGCAAUUUGGGAAUAGAGAAACAUGGUGGAGGUUUCAUUCUCUUUAGCUGAAGCGUUGAGUUGCUCUUAAUUUCUGCUUCACCCUGUGUGUGGUCUUUAAGAUAAUCCUUAAUGUUUUCACAUUACUUUUUCUGUUUGAGGGGAAUGAUUUCUGAAGUACAGAAGGUACAUUUUUUUCUGUAAUAAUUUUGGUUGGUUUAAUUGGAGUAAGCAGGGUUAACAAUGCUUUAAAACACAUUUAAUUUAAUGUAGUUGACCAUCUGUCAGAGCUUUGUAGUGAAUGCUCCUAAAAGUGGUUAAUGUCUAAGACUUCAGUUAGAAGUUUGAUCAAUAAUUUAAGACAUUUGUCUGUAACUUGUUGGAGGAUACAAACUUUCAGUUACUUGGCUUUUGUGUGUUCCACCUGAUUUUGAACCCUAUCCAAUGCUACUUUUGGAGUUCACUGCUUUUAUUUUGUAGCUUUUUGGUGGGCUGGUUUUGUGGUAUGCCUAAAAUCCAUUGUUGUUCAAAUGACUGCACCAUUUUCCAAGGCAGGAAGUGCAGUUCAUUUCUUGUUAUUUCCAUCUGGUGGGAUACUUUUUUUUCCAAAUCAGUAGAACUUAAUAAUUAUCAGUGCACUGAGAGAGCAUUUCCUAGUGAGGUACUGUAUUAGUAUACUACAGCUUGAGAAGUCAGUAUUGCCAUCCUGUUCUGUUGUAAAGCUUUAGCAUUCUUAAAAAUAAUAUGAUAUGUGCUAAGUAGCCAUCUAACUUACUGAAGCUUCUUUGAAGAUAGUAGUUAUUCUUUAAACCUUCUGUUAAACUUUUUUUUUUUUUACUUUUAUCUGUAACAGAUAAAAAGAACUAUUUCUUUCAAAAUAGUUCUAUAAACUUGAAAUUUGGUCAUCUUCAGUUUUAGAAGCCAAGGAUGUAUAUGUUGUACAUAUUCCAGAAAAUAGCACUUCAUUGUUUUGUUCAGAGAAUCUUGGAGCGCAAAGAAUCCUACAGCUUUUGAAUGAAGUUUAGGCAUUUUUAUCAGAUUCCAUUAUAUUUUAUCAGAAUCCUUUAUAUUCCAUUUCAUUAAAUGAAAACAGUAAUUUAGAUGGCAGUUAUGGAUAUUAGUAAUUAUAACAGAAUAUUAUAGUCUUUUCUAUAACUUAAUUUAUUAAAAAUUACAGAUGCAGUGGCUACA